AGCCGCUUUUUGUCCUCAUUGCUCAAGCCCGACUUAUUCGCGGCGUCGCGAGCAUCGCACGCGAUCCAAACGGCAAUGAUGUCCGUCGCACACAGUUCGAUCAACGACAGGGAUGCGAAGCGAUUGGCUGCACACAAGCAGACGCGCCUGUGCAAGUUUUUUGCCAUGGGCGCGUGCACCAAAGGCACGGCUUGCCCCUUUGCGCAUGGCACGAGCCAUUUGCGUGAGCAACCGGACUUCUCAAAGACACGACUCUGCCCUGACUUCAUGGAGCUGGGCCAUUGCGCCCAAGGAGACCAUUGCAACUUCGCGCACGGCAAGCACGAACUUCGCCCGGGAUCCUCCGCGAAGAGUCGGCAAAGCAAUGGUCGUAGCAAAGGUAAGGUGCACUCUGCGCAGGAGUCCAAGGAGUCUCGCGAAUCUCGCGUGUGGGGACUUCAGUCUGGCUAUGAACAGGCAGCCUUAAAGCUCAUCCUGAAAUCUGCGCUGGCAGGAUCACAAAGCGGCGUCGACAAGACGGGGAACGGCAAUACAUGCGCAGCCCAGUGGGUGGGGUGGACAGAGGGCAAGGCAGACUGUUAUGAUCUCAACAUGUGCACUUCCUUCAGUCGACAAACGACUUGUGAGGGAGUGGAAAGCAUUUCCGCCCAGUUCAGCCGCUGCUCCUCUGCCACCUCCGAUGGCUCCCUCCCGGGAGAUCCAUUGAGCACUGCCAUUCAAGUGGCCGAACCGACCACGAAAGAGAUUGACUGGCAGGUGCGGGUGAGGAAUACAUUCAUUGAAAUUGAGGAUGAGACAAUUCAGGAAGGAUGCCCAGUCCGCAAAAGUCGUUCAAUGCCAUCGCUCCUUUGAAGAUGCGACUCGUCCUUUCUAUUUGCUGCGGCCGCUGCCUAAAACGCAAACGACUUGCCAUGGCUGGGCAGCACUGGUCGCACCGGGCGUCGCCCAAACGGUUGUACAGGGGUUCGCUUGCCGCGAACCAGUUCUGUGGAGUUGCGGGGGUGCGACUGGGGCAUGGUCAUUAUUCCUCCGGUGCCGGAACGUUUGUGAAAGAGAGAUUCCUCAGCAGAUAC